UCCACUGGAUUCAAAGAAUUUCUCUGUCUCCUCAUGGCGGUUGAGUUCGCUGAUUAGUACUUUCCUCUCUUUUUUUCCCCCUUGCCAGCGGCUGCUCUUCAGUUUUUCUUGCUUCCUUCGUUCGUUCGAGAAUAAAAACGUAGAAUUUCGCCUCGAUGACGUUCCAAAGAAGAUUCUGUUCGUGAUUUCAAAGAAGCGAGUGUGUUCGCGCCGGGAGGAAUGAGCGGUGUGGAAAAGGCGUGGAAAGUUUCGUGAUUUUAUGUAUGGAGAGCUAGAAAUGUUUUAAAAAAUCGCAGACGAUGCUUCUCAAAAGAGAAUAUGCUAAAACUAAAUUUUCUUCGAGAGUAUUCGAUUUUGGAAAAUCAGAAGAAUUUAAAUAAUGAUCUUGGUUUCGGUUGCUGUAAAUAAAAUUCGCAGAUGAUUUUUAUCAAAAGCAAAUAUUCAAAAACUAAAUUCUCCUAGAACAUUUUGAUUUUUUGAAAAUUAGAAGAAUAUAGACAAUUAUCGUGCUUCCAGUUGCAGGUGAACGUACAUUAACCGAAACAUUGCUGAAGCUCCAUACCUUAAAGCCUCAAUGACAUGGUAUGUAGACGAAAAAAAAGAGUUGGAGAAAAAUGCAAAUACAUCAAAAAUGAGACUGGCUAGCAGGAUUGUGUUGUUGCUGUUCUCUAUUUCCGUGGUAUCCAUCAUUCUGAUUGGUCGAUGUGGGUUGAAACUGGAAGAAGAACUUCUAGUCGAGAGCUCGGCGUCGGGUCCUAUGUCGCCUGAUGUUUUGGGUACUUCAUUCCAACUAAACAGCAAUGAAGAAGAGUCAGAAGGCAACAGAAACGACCACAGCGAAUACCAACUUGAAAUUCAACGCCUUCAAAAUGAAAUAGAAAACUUGAAAAAGCAACUGGAUUCUUACCAUAAGCUGCAUGAAGAUAUCCAGCCUAUUCCUAUAAAAAGUGUAUCCUCACACAACCUUUUGGGCGUGGAAGACUGUGGGGAAUUCAUUGAAAAACAGAUUGAAGCUUCUGAACUGAAACAUGGUGUGCAACUCAACAACGAGUAUGAAAUCAUUCCAUUUUCCCAUUUUACAUUUAGUCGAGUUUAUCCUGUCGAUCUCAGCUUAGGAAAACGUGUCGUUGAAAAACCAAUAGGUUACAAAAGAAAAGAUUUGUUCGAAGUCUUUGUCAGAGCUUUGGAGGUUGUGAAUAAAGAUCGCCAAGGUAAGAUGAGGUACACUUUUGAUGACUUCGUCGAAGGAGUUUACAGAAAUGACCCGACAACGGGAACACAGUAUUCUCUUUAUUUCAGAGAAAAAAAUAUUUCAAGAACUUACAGAACUGUGAAAAUGAUGAGACCAUUUGCUCCGAUACAGAUCCUGAGUGACGAAUCGGAAAAAACGGCCAAGCAGCUCAUCAACGUAAUCCUACCCUUAUCAGGACGAAUUGAAAAAUUUCGCAGUUUUAUGGACAAAUUCGUCAAAGUGGGUAUUCGCCAUGAUAGGCGAGUUUUUCUUACCGUAGUUUAUUUUGGUACUGAUGGAUUACAUGAUGUUCAGAAGAUACUGACGAAGGUAGCACAUGAUACUAAAUUCAGAAACUUUAAACUUCUGACUUUGAACGAUACUUUUUCGAGAGGAAAAGGUUUACACGUUGGUGCUCAACAUUGGAACAAGGGGGAUGUGCUCCUUUUUAUGUGUGACGUCGAUGUGAUAUUUUCAACCAAAUUUCUUGAACGAUGUCGGCUUAACACAGCUCCUGGGAGAAAAGUGUAUUACCCCAUAGUAUUCAGCUUGUACAAUCCUUCCGUCGUAUACUCUUUACAAGGUAAAGAAGUUCCUUCAGAAUCUGAACAACUUCUUAUUUCUAGAGAUACUGGAUUCUGGCGGGAUUUUGGAUAUGGUAUGACGUGUCAGUACCGCAGUGACUUUCUGGAUGUUAAAGGUUUUGAUGAGAACAUCAUUGGUUGGGGAGGCGAAGACGUUAUGCUCUACCGGAAGUACGUGCGAAGCAAGCUGAUGGUUAUAAGGGCCACAGAUCCUGGUAUAUUCCAUACGUGGCACGAAAAGAAAUGUGACAAUCUGGGACUGGCUGUGGAACAACAAAGGGCAUGCCUGAGGUCUAGAGCUUUGAGUGAGGCGUCACAUGCACAACUUGGAUUGCUUGCGUUCCGCGAUGAACUAUCCAAUCCAAAUGAAGAAACUACUAUUCUGUCUUCUAAUGCAUCAAGUGUUUCAGGUUUUGGUGUUGACCAGAACAAAACAAAACCUGAGAAAUAACUAAAUUUUGUCCCCCCCCCCCAAC